AUUAUUAUUAAACAUAAUGAUGUGAUAUAUAUAAAAUAUAAUAUAAUAAUGCUAGUGCAACUGGUGGCUCCCAGGUCAAGGCCAUGAGUGUUGGGUUUGAGUCUGAACUUGGAACAAGAAAGAGUCUGAGAGCGGAAUCUGGGGCCGAGUCUUUGCGGGAAAUGUCUCUGGUGUGGCUUCGCAUGAUGAGAAAACGCCCACGGCUUGACGUACGUUCAGAGGGAUUUCCCUCCUGAAUCAGAUAAGCCUCGCUUCUCACGCCUUCCUGUGCAAAAAAGGCCAACACCGGGGCGGGCUGGCCAUCUGCCGGGAAGGCUUUGAGUGUGCCUUCGUUUCCAGACGAGAGGGGCCGGACUAGAUGACCUUCGGGGGUCCCUUCCAGCGGAGUAUUGCGACCCUCUAUGAAUGGGCUGUCUGCCUGGCCAUGGGUUUCAAUGUUGGACUCUAUGGGCCGGCCAUUGCACCCCUCCUUUUUCUCCUUCCUCGUUCAGGUCUUUCUCAUGAACGUGGCUUUUAGGUGCCAAAGCGAAGGGUCUCCAGGGACGUCCGAGCGGCCCAAGAUGUGCCCUCCAGGACAACACCUGUCUCCGCGUUGCACUGAGAUCAGCGCCCGCUGCCAUUGCCUUCCAUGCCGGAACGGGACCUUCCAGGCCAAGCCCAACCUGGAAGACCGCUGCGACGUUUGCUUCCCUUGCCAAGAGAAUCUGGGCCAGCGCGUGGUGAGGGGCUGCUCGGCCACGCGGGACACGGAGUGUGGGUGCCUCCCCGGUCAGUACAAGGUGGGCGAUGGCCUCAUCCCGGGCGGAAAGAGCUUCACCUGCAAGCGGUGCCGACAGUGUUCGAAACUCAACCGGCAGACACAACGGAACUGUUCGGAGGAGGCCAAUGCCGAGUGUGGGGAGUGUCGGCCCAGUUUCUGCGAUUCUGGAGAGGCGUGCCACCCGUGCCCAAAGGCGACCCUCAAACCAGAGUCGAUCAUGAACCCAACCUUCGGGCCAAGUAGGCAAGUACUGUAGUCUCCUUUGCGGUGCGUAUGAUAUCGUGAACAUGCCUUUCGGGCUUACUAACGUUCCAACUCAAUUCUUAUGUUAUUAAUCAGCCGAAACGGCCCAAUACUGCAAGCUUAUAGGUCUCCUGACAUGUAUAUAGAUAGAUGGAUAGAUAGGGCAAAGCAUCUCUAUGAAUGAAGGGCUCAUCCACAGUUCAGACUAAAACCCAGAGCAGAUUCGCCACCGUCCUUGACCACAUGAGCAUGAAAGGAUAUAUAUAUAGGUGACUAUCUGACUAUAUAUCAGCUAGAUUAGUAGAGCAAAGCACUCCAAUGUGAAGAUACAAAGGAUCUCUAUGAAUGAAGGGCUUAUUCACAAUUCGGACUAAAACCCGGAGCAGAUAUAUCACUGUCCUUGACCACAUGAAGAUGAAAGGCCAGGUCGGACUAUAUUUUAGCCCCUAUAAACAUAAUGCAUGUGUAAUAAUAUAUAUUU